GUCAGUACGUUGGGCUAUGCGGCGACGCGGUUUCCUACAUUCUCUCAAAAUUAAGUGAUUGUUACGAUUAAUUGGCUUGAAUAAAAUGCCGUGGGCAAGCAUCAACAGAAUUUACGCGAAACCAUCGAACACCAGCUCAAUGGAAGUACCACCCUCAAGCAGCAGCCUCAAGGCUGGUCCAGCUUUGACGGCUUCUGCUGAUUCAGGUGGUCGUUUUGAAUUGAGUGACCACGGCUACGGCAAGAGUGCUGUCAAACUACUUCAUGUACAACGAGAUGCUGAUUACCAUUCCAUCAGAGAAUACGAAGUUUUCACGGAAUUAAAACUGCACUCCGAAACUGCAUAUGUUGUGGGAGACAACAAGGACGUGGUGGCUACAGAUUCGCAGAAGAACACUGUGUAUCUGUUGGCGAAGAAGCACGGAGUGAAGACUCCAGAAGAAUUUGGUGCGGUGGUAGUGAGCCACUUCUUGUACAUGUACAAGCAAGUGGUGGAGGCUAGAUGUAAAGUAGUAGAGUACCCUUGGGAGCGUCUUCACGCGGAGGCGCCUCAUAACCAUGCGUUCGUGUUCUCACCGACUGCGACCAGGUGGUGUCAAGUGAGCCAAGCUCGUCACGAGGCAGUGACUGUGAAAUCCGGUUUAAGUGGUCUCCGUGUACUUAAAACAACACAGUCAGCAUUCGUAGACUUCGUUCAGGACGAAUACACCACAUUAACAGAUGCCGCUGAAAGAAUAUUCAGUACCGUGGUGGAAGCUGAAUGGAUCUACGACAAUAUGCGUACGGCUGACUUCGACAAUGCCUGGCUAACAGUCAAGGACGCCAUUUUGGACAAAUUCGCGGGUCCCGCAGACAUUGGCGUGUACUCGCCAUCAGUUCAACACACCCUCUACCAAGCUGAGAAGACUGUAUUAGAAAAAGUUCCAGAGAUCAAUUGGAUCAAAAUGACAAUGCCGAACAAGCACUACCUCAAUAUCGAUAUGUCAAAAUUCCCUGCAAAUGUGACGAAAGGAGACCCUAAUCAUAAUAUCUAUCAACCUAUUGACAAGCCAGCCGGCCUCAUCUACGCGCAGCUACGCCGCAAGCCCAAGAGUCACUUGUGACAGGCCGCCGACGCCGGCGCCGCUACGCCGUAGCGCUACGCGUUUUUAGGUUAUAGUCGUUUUAUCAUUUUAAAGUCGCAGUCAACGAGACAUAUAAGUUUUUUUAUCAAUUCGUAGUUAUAAUUUAAAAUUUUACAUUCCAUACAUGCAUACUAUUCAAACAUUUUACGAAUACUUUUGUCUUCCUAUUUACUGUUGUCUCGUUGAAUUUAGCAUAGUUGUAAUAUAAACCGGGGGAAGUUUCUGUUAAUCACCCCCAAUUAAUAUUAAUUAAUUAAAAAUUACUCGCUCAGAAUUAUAGACCAAUAUCGCCAUUGUAAGUUCAUUACUAUAUAAACAACGUUAAUUAAUUCGUAUCUAAAUUCCUUGUUAUGUAAUCUAGUCAAGUUCUUAUUGUAAUAAUUUGAAACUGUACUAAAUGUAUAUUGAUUACAGUUGUGAAUACGGUACUAUCCAUAUAAGUUUGUUACAAAUAAUCUAAUAAGUAUGACUAAGUUAAAUAAACGUGCAAAGUAUUAA